AUGUCGCAAGAAAUCACUCUUAAGGUUGUUGUAAUAGGAGAUAGUAGCGUCGGCAAAACUUGUAUAUCUCUUAGAUAUUUGACGGGAGAAUUUUCGUCUCAGACAACUCCAACAAUCGCUGCCGGAUUUUGCAAUGCAAAAGUCAAAGUUGGAAAAAAUAAUAUCAAUCUUCUAAUUUGGGAUACAGCUGGACAAGAAUCGUACAGAUCAUUAACUUCUCAAUAUUAUCGUGAAACAAAAAUCGCACUCAUUGUGUUUGAUUUGACUUCACCUCAAAGUUUAGAGUCAGUUACAGAUUGGCAUGAGAGAGUUUGCGAAGUCAAUGAAGGCAAAGUUAUCACAGUUCUCAUCGGAAAUAAAUACGAUUUACCUAACCGUAGAAUAUCUCAAGAACAAGGUGAAAAAAUGGCAGAAUCUAUUGGUGCAAUCUAUCGUGAAACAUCUGCUGUUACUGGAAAGGGAAUUAAAGAAGUUUUCGAAGAUGCUUGUGAAGAAUAUCUCCGAAAUAAUCCGGUUUAUGGUGGACUUAAAUCAAAACAACAUCAACAGACAGUUUUGAAGCCAAAUGCCGAAAAAUCAGGUUGCUGUUAA